UUGUCUGUGUUCUAUAUUUUUGAAAGAUACCUACUGACGCUUUUUAUUUUCGCAACUUUGUAAUAAAAAGUGAAUAUUCAUGAAGGUUAACAAUAAUUUGAAUGAAGAAACCACCAACACCCACACUACAUUGCAAAAUUCCGGAACUGGUCGGUGAUAUAUUAUAAUGUCGAGCGGCUCGAUCCAAGGAGCCAAUAUGCCGACAAUAGGAACAAUAAACCAAGGGACCAUACAAUAUGUGAACAACCCAUUGCAAAGUCCACAAUUACAAUCUUCUUCUAUCCAAGGAUCGCCGUCUCAACACAGCCCUAUGGGGCAGGCUCAAGUUAACUCUAAAAGUAAUCAAAACUCUUCUGGAGACCAGACAACACAGCUAUUAAGUAGACCAAGAUUGCAAGAACUAGUAAGAGAAGUGGAUCCCACGGUGCAAUUAGAUGAGGAAGUAGAAGAGAUGCUGCUGCAAUUAGCUGACGAUUUCAUUGACACUACAUUAAAUGCAGCUUGCUCCCUCGCUAAGCAUAGACACGCUCCCACUGUGGAGCUUAGAGAUGUUCAAUUACACUUAGAGAGACAAUGGAAUAUGUGGAUUCCUGGUUUUGGCAAUGAUGAGUUGCGCCCAUAUAAAAGAGCUGCUGUUACAGAAGCCCAUAAACAAAGAAUGGCCCUCAUUAGAAAGACAAUUAAAAAAUAUUAAAGUCCAUCUUGCUAUUUUUCUUAUUAAAAAAAUAUGAAUAUGUAA